AUGACGCCAGAUCGGGUUGAUGUUGAUUCUCCAUCAGGCUCUGAAAAGCUCCAGCUGGGUCUGCAAGGUUCAGAUCGCACAAAGUCGGAGUCAGUGAAGGAACAAGAUCCCUUUGGAGAUGAGAGCCAGGCUGGUGUGAAGUACAAGACCAUGGCAUGGUGGUGCGUAUUGCUCUUUUCCAACCCAUUUGAAAGUAGAGAGAAGCUCAUUCAUUUUGACAGGCAAGCCGGCCUGAUCAUGAUCGCAGAGACGAUCUCGCUGGGGAUUCUCGCACUGCCCAAAGCGCUUGCGACCUUAGGCCUCGUUCCUGGAAUCUUGACCAUCCUCGGUGUCGGGAUCAUCUCGACGUAUACAGGAUAUACCAUCGGCCGGUUCAAAUGUCGACAUGUGCAAGUUCAUAGCAUGGCCGAUGCUGGUGAUCUGCUGUUUGGAAAGAUUGGACGGCACACACUGGACGUGGCCCAGCUUAUCUUUUUUUUGUUGGUGAUGGGUAGCCAUGUCCUCACUUUCUCGAUCAUGAUGAACGUCCUCACAGACCAUUCCUCCUGCACCAUUAUAUUCUCGGUUGUCGGGUUACUCGCCUCAUUCAUGUUGACUCUCCCACGGCGGCUCGAAAAGCUGUCUCACAUCUCCUGGGUCAGCUUCGUCAGUAUUGUUGGAGCGGUGCUGACUAGUAUGAUUGGAGUGGCUCUGGUGAAGCAAAACCCAGUCCCCGUCUCGGCAUUUUCGUCGCCGCCCGAAGUCCAUGAUGCGUGCCUUGCUGUUGCAAAUAUCAUCUUCGCGUACGCUGGCCAUGUUGCAUUCUUUACUCUCUUCUCCGAGCUCCGGGAUCUGAAGGAUUUCCCCAAGGCUCUGGCGCUUCUGCAGGUGAGCGAAAUGGUUUUAUAUACGGUGGCAGCUAUCGUCAUUUAUGCAUAUAUCGGACCAACUGUCGACUCGCCUGCUCUCAAUUCUACGGGGCAAUUGUUCCGCAAAAUCUCCUAUGCGAUUGCGAUGCCCACGAUUGUGAUUGGAGGUGUGGUGAAUGCCCAUGUCGCUGUUAAAUUCAUAUACGUUCGCAUCCUUCGCGGCACUAACUCGAUGCAUAGCCAGUCAUUUGUGGCGCGGUUGAUAUGGGCUAUGGUAUGUGGAGCGCUUUGGAUCUUGUCGUGGAUCAUCGCCGAGGGGAUUCCAGUCUUCAACGAUGUGCUAGGACUCGCGAGCUCCCUAUUUGCUAGUUGGUUUUCUGUCGGUCUGCCUGGGCUCUUUUGGCUAUAUUUGAAUCGGAGUUGUUGGUUCCUGACCUGGCGGCAAAAGACUCUUUUUUGCAUCAAUGUCUUGCUGGUUUUUGUCGGAUUCCUCAUUUGCAUUGUCGGAUUGUAUUCGUCGAUUCGCUCGAUUUACCGUAACCUUCGUGAGGGUGUGGGAGGAGGCAGCUUCUCAUGUGCCGAUAACUCGGUAUCCUAA